CAAGAAGCGACCGCGGCGAAAGUUGCUCCAUCAGAGUCAAGUUCAAUAACACAAUAUAACAGUAAACCGCGUCGUCGUGUGCACGCGCUGCAUUUAUACUCUCCAAUAUUUCUAUACAUUUAUAAAAAAAGGAAUAAUAUUACCGUUAAAACAUAUAAUUGCAUUUAACGUGCGCGACUUUUAAAGCAUUCGGUGACACGGAUCUGAUGCGGAUGGAUCAGUGCUGAAAGAUGAGGAGUCUGUUAAUACUUUUGGUAAUAUGUUGUGUCAGCCCGUCUGUUUUGCCGGCGAAGUACCUGCCCAAAUGGAAGAAGCAGUUUUCAAAGUCCGGUGUGGUGCAGGCGUGCGAGCUGCCAACAGUGGGAGAGCACAGUCACUACGUCUGCGACGAUAAGGGCGAGCCGAAGUGUCUGCCAGGGUGGCAGGGCGACCUUUGCGACGUGCCCAUCUGUAAGAAGGGCUGCGACCCUUUACAAGGGUACUGCAAACGGCCGGGCGAGUGUCGCUGCAAGCUCGGCUUCUACGGUGAGAGGUGCAACAAGUGUAUCCCGCUGCCGGGCUGCCAGCACGGCUCCUGCAACGUCUCCUUCGAGUGCAUCUGCAAGGAGGGCUGGGACGGACUCUUCUGCUCUGAACCGAUCUGUCGUUCCGACUGCCACGCGACGCGCGGCUACUGCGAGUCUCCGGGCGAGUGCCGCUGCCGGCUCGGCUGGUCGGGUCCCACCUGCCGCGCCUGCCAGCCGCUGCCAGGCUGCCAGCACGGCUACUGCGACAAACCGCUGGAGUGCAAGUGUUCUCCUGGAUACACAGGCCUACUGUGUCAGACGCCUAUUUGCACGCCCGGGUGCCACAGCGAGCGCGGCUACUGCCGGCGGCCGGGCGAGUGCCGCUGCAAGGUGGGCUGGACGGGCCCCUCAUGCGCGCAGUGUCACCCCUACCCGGGCUGCGUGCACGGAACCUGCGAGCGGCCCUGGGAGUGUAUCUGUAAGGCCGGCUGGGGAGGCAUGCUGUGCGACGAAGAGCUGAACUACUGCGAAAAGAAUAAUGAUACGUGCAAGAACGGUGGGAAAUGCCAAUCUUUGGAAGCCAACGACGGCCACUACCGGUGCCAGUGUCCCGCCGGCGUCAGCGGCAGGAACUGUGAGAAGAUUCCUGACAACAUGACUACGGAAGCAGCUGCCGUUGAGGAAACAACUGAGUCAGUUAGCGAGCCGGCACAGACUAAUACGACGGCAGUUACAACAGUUGAGCCUGAUAGUGAUGAUAAUGAAACAGAGUGAUGUUGUGAUUCUGGAAGCUUGGGGAUGUUCACGUUUAGAGAUGUCUUUGGUCUUGACAAAAAUGAGACAGGGAAGACUAGAGUUAGGGAAUUUUAGUAAUUAUACAACGACGUACCCCCUCAGGUUCGAGUGGUCUGGAGGCUCCAGAUGGAGAGGCGACUUCCCCCGUGGGAAGACGCCAUCCGCCUGGAAUACCUCCAGAGACACUCGCCAAUUCUCGGCUUGAGGUCCCCUUAGGAUCUCGCCGUCCCCAAACCCGGUGACGCUGUAAAGGUCAUCUGCGACCAACAGCAUAGACACUCAAAAAAUAAAACACGUAAUCUGAGAGUGUCAGUCUGGCCAGUGAACUUUUUUAUAUUCUGUUAAAUUAUUCUAUUCACCAAUGACCUAUGUAAUGGGGACGUCAAAAAUAAGAAACACAGCGACUGUAAAUGAAAGGUCAAACAUUUUUGCGAGACUAUUCUUGAAGGGGGUUUGUUAUUAGUAAAAUGAAAAUAAUAAUCUCUAAUGAAAUGCUAAGUUGCUAAAACAGUAUAGGUAUAUUGUUAGUUAAUAUAGAUAGAUAUUUGCUAUGGAACCUGUUUAUGGAAAAGGAUAUUUUCUUUGUAAACGUGAACAUAUUUAUAAGUGGCGUGUGUUUGUAUUUAAUGUCUGUCUGUAUUGAGUAUUUAUUAAGCGUGAGUGUGUUGUAUACCGAAUGUUGAAAUUUUAAAUUGUCUUGAAUAAGUUUGGAGAUACUUUAAACAUUAUUGAUAUAACGUAAUUUAUGACUGACAUCGAUUUUCUAUUUAAUUAAAUUAAAAAUACUUUAUAAAGAAGUGGUAAUAUUUUAUUUAUUUUUGGUAUUUU